AUGCCUUCCUCUUCCAGUCUCUUGAGCGGCGCCGUGGCCGGCAGCCUCUUCAUCCAAGCAGCAUUGGCUUACACUGUGAUCCAAAUCCCUUCCCCCUUCAUGACCAAGAACAUCGACCCGAUCGUGUUCCCGGGGUCGUUUGACAAGUCGCAUCUGCACUCCUUCUUCGGGGCCGACGCCGUCACGGCCACGACCAACAAGACGGCCGAGCUGCAGAACUCGUGCACAAACGCCGAGAACCCAAACGACCUCUCCAUCUACUGGGUCCCGACGCUCCUCUACACCAAGGACGACGGCAAGACCUACGAGCCCGUACCCUUGUUCCGGUUCAGCGCCUACUACAACCUGGGCGAGACCGAGGCCGAGGUCGCCAUCCCGCAGGACCUGAAGAUGGUGGCGGGCAACGCCGACGCCAAGACGGCGGCCGAGAUGCCCGCCGACGCAAAGAUCAGCUGGUUCUGUGAGUCCGAGGCCAACCCGCCGGCGGCCGACAAGAACGGCUUCCCGUCCAAGACGUGCAGCACGCACCUGCAGCACGUCAUCUUCUUCCCGCAGUGCGUCAACAGCGCCACGCUCGAGACGGCCUACAAGGCGAAGACCCACGGCACAAAGAACGGGUGCCCCCAGGGUAUGUCCAGCAUGCCGCAGCUCCGCUUCAGCAUCCGCUACGACCUGCGCAAGGUCCUGCCCAACGGCUGGGACGGCCAGGCCCCCUUGCGUCAGGCCUGCGGCGAGAACAUUUAUUGCUCCCACGGCGACUUCAUCAACGGCUGGUCCCAGGAGACCGCCCAAAACAUGGUCGGCACCACAAAGGAGAAGUACAAAUUCGCUGCCGUCGAAGGCCCCCUCAAGAAGAAGGACUGCACGCAGCGUGACGCCGACCCCAGCCACGGCACCAGCAACUAUGCCGAGAGCGUCAAGCUGAUGAGUAAGAAGACUUGA